AAAAAAGAAAAAAAAUCUCUGAUUUCAUCACCUCUUAUUAGAAACCCUUUCUCCCUCUCCUCUUCUCCUCCCAUUAUUCCCCUCUUUUAGAUCACCAGUCGCUAGGAAACCCUCUUAUCUCUUGUCCUUGUGGUGUUGAACUUGCAUGCUAGCUGACUCUCUCUCACUGUCUCUUCCCCUCACUGUCUUGGUCUCUUGGAAUCGGAUUCCUUUUAACUUGCAGCUCUAAUCCCUACCGUUUUGUCUAAGCCCAUGUUAUCAAACUCCCCUUCUCUCUAAUCGUUUAAAAAUCAGAUACAUGUGGCCUGGGAAAAUUUUCCAGAAUUACUCACUGAGGUUCUUUUCUCUGGUGGUUGCGGCCUCGCUUGUCCUUUCUCUUUAAUAUUUUAUGGGUGUUUGGGAUUCGGAUUUGCUGAUGGUCGCGUAGAAAGUGAAGGGCAGGAGGGUCAAAAAGAUAGAGUUAGGUUCCAUGGAUUUCAGAAGGCAGGAUGAGGAGGACGAGGAUUGCGACAACCCCAAUAAUCCUCCUCCUCCUCCUCCUCUUAUCAGAGAAUCGGCCUUCGGGCGGCCGAUGCUCUCCCCCGCCUCCUCCCUCCUUUCUCCGAGAGGAGGAGGAGGAGGAGGAAGAAAUGGUCCCAACCCCUCGUCCACCCGUUCCACGGUCACGAUCUCAUCAUCAGGAACGGGUGGUGGGGCCGAUCCCACCGCCACCGAGGCCGACACCACAAUUCGGUACCGGGAGUGCCUCCGGAACCACGCUGCCAGCCUCGGUGGUCAUGUCCUCGACGGUUGCUGCGAAUUCAUGCCUGGCAGCGGCGACGACGCCUUCAAAUGCGCCGCCUGCGGCUGCCACCGCAGUUUCCACCGCAUCGAUGGCGAUUCCUCUCCCUCCCCUUCCAACCCCAACUCUCUUUACCGCGUCCAUGACGCCGCCAGACUCCCCCUCUUGCUUCCACCACUCCAUCCCCAUCCUCCUCCUCCUCCUCCCCCUUCUUCUUAUCAUCAUCACCACCAGAAGCAGUUCUUCUUCCGCAGCAACAACGCUGCCAGCGGGGGCGCGACCACGGAGUCUUCCAGCGAGGAACUGAACGCGGGGGCUGGGCCGCCGCAGCGGCCAUAUAUGGCGUCCAAGAAGAGGUUCAGGACCAAGUUCACGGCGGAGCAGAAGGAGAGGAUGUUGGAUUUUGCGGAGCGGAUGGGAUGGAGGAUCCAGAAGCAGGAUGAGGCAUUGGUGGAGGACUUCUGCGCCGAGGUCGGGGUCAGCAGGCAGGUCCUCAAGGUGUGGAUGCACAACAAUAAGCACACCAUCAGGAAGCAACAGCAGCAAGGAGAAGAGCAUCAAGAUAUGUGAGAGAGGAUUGUCAACGGUGGUACGACAAGAACGGCUUUGUAAUCGACCAGAUUCACUGGUUUGAGCUAAUUACUAGUUGCUCCUUGAGAUUGACUUAGAUUAGAAUUUAGAUACAUGCGCAUAUAAAUAUAUAUAUAUAUAUAUAUUUAUCUACUUGUUAUGAUGUGUAACCUUGGUUCUACUUAUUCUUCUUGUAGCCUGAUGACAAACAAAGCAA